AUGUACAGAAUGUUCAUAUUGUCUCGUUUGCUGGCCGCAUAUCCGUUCCGAGAGCGUUUAUUGCUGCACGAAUGCGGUGCUGACGUGCCACCACUGUAUCGGGCACACCUUUGGGCGGCCUUCCUGAACGUUUCACCGGCAAACGCCACGGAUCGUUUCCGCAAAUUCGACACUCAUGAUGAGCAUCCAUCGGAUCGACAGCUUAUGGUCGACAUUCCAAGAUGUCAUCAG